UGCAGAUCGUUGAUUCGUUUUCAUGGCAACAGUGAGUCAUGCGAGCAGAACGCGGCGUUGAUCGCGCGGCACUUCUGCUGUCGUCCUUCCACCACCCGAUCUUCCCCAUCCCCGCAAGCAUGGAGCGCAUCCUGACGAGAAACCAUGCUAUCAAUGCACAUACAUCCACAGUCUCAUAUGGACACGAUCUUCUUGUUACAUUGCUGGAAGAGACGGCGACGGAAACAGCCCGCCUCCUCCAAGCUCCACCAACACCCUCAACGCCCACACCACAAACCCCACAGCAAGAGCAUGCACAAGUUCCCCGAAGACCCUCGUCAAUGCUUCUAUCACGUAAACCGUCUACGUUUGCGGCGAAACCAGAAACCCUUCCUGCGCAUCCUACGCGCAAGGUGUCCCAGGCUCUAUUGGAAGACCAACACGUGACAUCGAUAGAACGAGGACCAGCACCUGCUGCUGGUACGGAGAUAGUAACCAAAGAACUCUUUGCUGACGCAGAAUACCAAUCCUAUCUUGACUAUCUAACCUCUUGCUCAUUGGAGUCACUUAAAAAUGAGCCCGUGUCAUUGACGAAGGAGGCUACCCGAUUACAACAACAACUAGCGGAUCUCGCCUACACUGAAUACCGAUCAUUCUUGCGCGCGAAUGAGUGCACGAGAGCAUUCCGCGACACGUUUGAAGCGUUGGAAAGUCGACUAGACUCACUCACGAGCUUGCUGCCGGAUCUUGAGAGAGAGUGCACUUCCUUCGCCUCCUCGUCAGCUGCUGACGUGUUGAAACAAAGACGACGCGAACAUUUGGUUCUUAACCAACACUCGAAAUUGGUGGAGAUUCUCGAAAUACCUCAGCUCAUGGAUACAUUGAUUCGAAACGGAUACUAUGAAGAAGCAAUGGAUUUGCAUACUCAUGUACAACGACUGCUGCUUCGAUUUCCGCAUUUCGAGCUCUUGAAGUCCGUGGCCGAUGACCUUGAUGAGGCAAUCAAAGUCAUGUUGGCACAGCUCGUAAACCUUUUCGCGGGCGAUGUGAAAUUGCCGUUGUGUAUCCGUGUUGUGGGCUAUCUACGACGCAUGGAGGCCUUACCUGAGCCCGAAUUAAGGUUGACAUUUUUGCAACAACGAGAUAAAUUUUUUCGAAAGCGCAUUGAAGAAGGUUGCGGGAAGGAACCGAGUGGUACUGGUGCAGGCAAGGAUCAUCUCGACUACCUAAAGAAAUACAUCGAUGUUUGGACGUGUCGAGAGUGUUUUUUCGAUAUCGUUGCCCAAUAUCGAGGGAUAUUUUCCGAUUCCCUAAACACGCAGACAAGUCACGCAACCACUGAAGCACAUCAGGGGAAGUCAACUUCCGCACUCCUCUACGACGCCACGGCCCAUCCAACACUCACGCAGUCCAUUCUCACUUCAUACGUCACAUACCGCAUCGAACACCUAUGCACCACAUUGAAAACUCAUCUACCGCAUGUUACGGACGCAAGUCAGGUCGCCAGCUUGUCAACACAAACCAUGUAUUUCGGGAUGAGUCUUGGGUGGGUGGGAAUUGAUUUACGUGGAUUAGUUGGACCGCUAUUUGAAGAAACGGUUGCGGGGAUUGUUGAGAAAAUCAUUGGGGAAAGUGUACGAGAUUUUGUUGGGUGGGUGAAGGAAAAUUCUGCUGUCAGCAUAGGAGCAGAAUUAGGGACACCUACCGGGCGUACCACGACAGCAAAGGAUCCGUUCUUGACGGGCAUCUACGUCAAACACUCUACCAUUCCGAAUGCAGAAUGGACAACCCCACGAACUGGUGGCGGCCCUCAACCCAUACGAGUCAUACCGGCACCCACACCGCUAUUGGCCCACCCACCUCUUGCACACCUUCUCAACGCCUUUUUCACCGCCUAUAAUAACCUACGCGCUCUCCCUGCACCAUCUCUCCGGACCCGAAUGGAAUCGUAUGUCCAGGAAAAAUUGAUCCUCUGUGCGGAGACCUUGGACGAGGGAAUCGCGUCUGGAUGGGAUGGUUGGUCCGAAGACGGCAGGAAGAUUGCAAAAUUAGCUGCUGCUGCAUGGAUAGAUAUGUUAGUGCCAAACGUGAUGGAUGGUCUACAAAUGGUGUUUGGUGGGCAGAAAGCUGAAGGUGCUAGUCAGCUAGAAAAGAUUGUGGGGCCAUUGAAGAAGUGGUUGGUGGAUUCCAGCGGUCAACAGGACAAUGCAGAGUCACAAACUGUACUCGCAGCAAAUGACGAGGCCGUCCCUGUAGGACAGAACGGCGGACUCGCCAAAAGUGAGAAUCAGAAAGACAGCGAUGGUGACGACUUGCAUCCCUUGGAAGCGAAACCGGAUGAGGAUGAACGGGAUACAAACCUAGGUGACCAGGAGAGGGUGACACCGGCUGCUGUGAAAGUUACUGUCGCUGCACAUCCUUUAGAAGGACCCGAUGCAUCGGGCAAUGGCUGAUUUAAUAACAAUAAUAAUUAUCAGAGCCUCUACCG